UGUCUGAUACUUUCAGCUGAGUUAACAAUUAUCUGUGUGGUAUUUAUCUUACUCGUUCAGACAUUUAAUGCUGAUUCAUUAAAGUUACCAAAACAUAUACAAGUGAACCCAAGCCAUUCAGUCAACAUAAUUCAUUGAACUUUUGUUUUACGUGCAGAAGGUGUAGUUUUCUAUAAUUUUUCUGUUAUAAUCAACAGAUAAGAUACAACACCAAUAAUGAAUGGAGGUUUAAUUGAUUACAACAAAAUGUUAGAAGCUCAAAAAGAUGAUAAAAUUUUAAUUCUUGAUGUUAGGGAAAAUUCCGAAAUACAAGAAACUGGAAAAUUACCAGGAAGCAUUCACAUACCAAUGAAAGAAGUAAUGAAUGAACUAAAUCUAUCGAAUGAGGAGUUUGAAAAGACGUAUGGCAAGAAAAAGCCUUCUUUAGAUACGCAAAUUAUCACAAGUUGCAGACUUGGUGGACGAAGUGCAAAAGUUCAAGCAGAGUUGCAAAAUGCAGGAUAUAAAAAUGUUCUUAAUUAUUCAGGAGGCUGGGCAGAUUGGGAGAAGCAUCAAAAGAAAUAAUAAAAACUUCUAUUUAAUUAUUUAGUUAUUUUAAGGAAAAUAUGAAAUAAUUUUUUAUUUUUGUACACAUAAUGAAAUUAAACAUAUGCUUUAUUAGUAGUUGAACAUAUUUUUUAAUUAGAGUGUAUAAAAGAGUACUCAAAGUAAAAUAUCAGUAAUUUUUAUU